UUUUGUAGGUUUUCCCUAUUUUUAAACAUGCUUCCCAACAUAUACAAUGCGGAAUCCGACAGACUUGGACCAGGCCUCUCACACAGUAAUUCUCGUUCUCCGAAUUUCAAUAAAACCUCAAUAUACUCAAAUCCAACGAUGCUCGGCGAGUUUUAUCAAAAUUUGAACUUAAUGCGAUGCCAACAAGAACUGUGUGACGUGGUUCUCGAGGCGUACCCAAUUCAAGGAACAUCGUCGGAAGAUGGGAUGUCCGAUGACGUUCAUCAGCAUAUUCACGCUCAUCGGGUUAUUUUGUCAGCUUCUAGUUCUUAUUUUAGAGCAAUGUUCACAGGAGGUCUACGAGAGUCCACACAACGAAUAAUUCCGAUAAAAGAAGUGGACGUGGAAGUUUUGUCCCAACUAAUCGACUACAUGUACACUGGCCGAAUGCGAAUCGACGAGCAGAAUGUUCAGACAAUUCUGGCCACUGCAAGCCUGUUACAGCUCACGUGUGUUCGCGACGCGUGUGCAAGAUUUAUGCUCGAGUUACUAGACAUGACGAAUUGCGUCGGAAUGGCUGAAUUCGCAAGGGCUCACGCUUGCCAUCAGCUGGCGCAUGCUGCUCAGCUGUACACGAGACAGCAUUUUGUAGAAAUAAUCGACAACGAGGAGCUCCUGAGCCUUGACAAAGACGCGUUUUGUGAGUUGAUACAGGAUGACAGAAUUACAGUACCCAGUGAGAAGCCUGUAAUGCAAGCAGUCUUGAAUUGGGUGGCUCAUGAAGAGCCCAGUCGACGGCCUUUUUUGGCAGAACUAAUGUCAAAUGUUCGCCUGCCAUUGCUGGGUGAUGAUUAUCUUUUCGAAAAAUGGAGAAAUGACGAGAUGAUCAAAAGUGAUGCGGCUUGUCUAAACGUGAUCAUCGAAGGAAUGCAUCAGCUGAAAAUCACGAAGCAAGACAUUUCCAGCACGGAGCCCCACUAUCCGAUUCAGGAGCUCAACCGAAAAUGGUUCGUCGCCCGUGAACCCAUGCCAGAAUCCCAGCACAUAAUGAUCGUCGGUGGGCAGGCUCCAAAAGCGAUCACCAACGUCGAUUUGUUCGAUCCUGAUAGCCAACUCUGGAGCUCGUGUGCAUCCCUUCCACAGAGAAGGUGCCGAAGUGGAGUGAGCAUGUGCAAUGGUUACGUGUACACCACUGGCGGGUUCAAUGGAGCACAGCGGGUGAGAUCCGUGGAUUUCUAUGAUCCACGAACCGAUACAUGGCGUUCCGCGAAUCAGAUGAGUGCUCGCCGAUCCACUCACGGGAUAACCACGUGUCAACAGGUGUUGUAUGCAGUUGGGGGAUUCGAUGGAACUACCGGGCUUGCGAGUGCAGAAUAUUUCGAUCCACACACAGGAAAUUGGUUUCCACUUCCAUCAAUGAGCACGAGAAGAUCAAGUGUUGGAGUGGCAGCGUUCGAAGAGGAUAUCUAUGCGAUUGGGGGAUUCGAUGGUGUCUCAAAGCAAUGCCUGAAUACGGUAGAAAUUUUCGAUCGAAGAGCUCACAAAUGGCGUCCAGGGCCUGCAAUGCUGAAUGUCAGAUCAGGAGCUGGCGUCACUGUGUACGAUAAGAAAAUUAUAGCAGUAGGAGGACAUAAAGGGGCAGAAAUUCACCGAUCAGCAGAGAUAUUAAUCGGAGAGGAAUGGAUUGAGCUCGCCAAUAUGGCAAUUCCGAGAAGAAAUACCGCAGCUACAGCUUUGAACGGUCUUCUCUAUGCUGUGGGUGGCGACGACGGCUCGAGCAAUCUGUCAACAAUAGAAUGUAUUCAGCUGAGUGACAGGUCAGACGCGCAGUGGAAAAUCGUCGAUGCUCCAAUGUCGCAGGGACGCUCCUACGCCGGAAUCGCAUUGAUUCCAAAAGAAUUUUAGUAAUUUUCAGUUUACAUGUAUUUUCUUGCCAUUCAAAAAUAAAAUAAAAUUAAUUU